CUAAAAGAAAUUUAAAGAGACACAAAACAAAAGAAAAACUUGUGUUUCUGCAAAGCUCCAUCCUUUGUGGCGUUGAGAGCCAUUGGGGAGUGAAUAAAAGUUAAAACUUUUGCGUCCACUUGAAACCUCUUUUUUUUUUUUUUUUUUAUCUUUUUGGAUUUUAUCUGAUCGAUCACUCAUUUGUGUCUCUGAUUCUCUCUAUCCCGUUGAUUCGUAUCUGGAUUUGUUUAUUUUUUUUUCAUUUUUAUUCGAGCGGCUUACCUUUCUCGGAUCCAUUUUCAUAUCGAUUUGAAAUGGCGGAUGUGGCAAAGGAUUUAGCUUCAGGGACUGUUGGAGGAGCAGCUCAGAUAAUUGUAGGUCAUCCGUUUGACACAAUCAAGGUCAAACUUCAGAGCCAACCGACUCCAGCACCAGGCCAGACUCCUAGGUACAGCGGUGCAAUCGAUGCGGUUAAACAGACCGUUGCUGCUGAAGGACCUAAAGGUUUGUACAAAGGAAUGGGAGCUCCUUUGGCUACCGUUGCUGCCUUGAAUGCGGUUUUGUUCACUGUGAGAGGGCAAAUGGAAGGGCUGUUUAGGUCUGAAGCUGGAGUUCCUUUGACCAUUAGUCAACAGUUUGUGUGCGGUGCAGGCGCUGGUGUCGCUGUUUCGUUCCUUGCUUGUCCUACCGAGUUGAUCAAGUGCAGGUUGCAAGCACAAGGUGGACUAGCCGGCACCUCUACCACAGGCUCAGUGGUUGCAGCUAUGAAAUACGGUGGACCAAUGGAUGUAGCACGUCAUGUCCUACGAUCUGAAGGUGGAGCACGAGGUCUAUUCAAAGGUUUAGUACCAACAUUCGCCCGUGAAAUCCCGGGAAAUGCAACUAUGUUUGCAGCCUACGAAGGUUUCAAGCGGUUUUUAGCUGGUGGUUCAGACACUUCAAGCUUAGGACAAGGGUCAUUGAUCAUGGCAGGUGGAGUCGCUGGUGCGUCUUUUUGGGGGAUUGUAUAUCCAACAGAUGUGGUGAAGAGUGUUCUUCAAGUCGACGAUUACAAGAACCCGAAAUACUCGGGGUCGAUGGAUGCUUUCCGAAAGAUACUGAAAUCUGAAGGAGUUAAAGGUUUGUAUAAAGGAUUUGGUCCAGCCAUGGCUAGGAGUGUUCCUGCUAAUGCUGCUUGCUUCUUGGCUUAUGAGAUGACAAGGUCAAGCUUGGGAUAAACCGGUUGGUCCGGUUGGUGGAUGUUCCAUUGAGAUUAACCCUUUCGGUUUUUAGAUGAUUCUUCUAAAAUUUCAGCAAAAAUUAUGUAAACCCUCACACAGUUUAUUUCUAUAUCUCUUACACAGUUUAUUUCUGACA